CUCCUCUCCUCUCCUCUCCUCUCCUCUCCUCUCCCCUCCUCUCCUCUCCUCGGAGGGGGUGCCGGGGGUCCGGCCUCCCGGUGCCCAUCCCGGACUGCGGCUGCCAUGGCGACCCCCAACGACCUGACUCCCCCCCAGUGCGGCUGGUGGCCCGUUUCGGGCGUGGAGGUGUCCUCGGGCGGGGGGCCGGAGCCCGGCGAGCCCCCGGAGGCCGGGCCUGGGUCGGGACCCGGGCCGGGGCCGGGGCCGGGGCCCGGGCCGGGGUCGGGGCCGGGGCCGGGGCCGGGAGCGGGCUGGGCCCGGCCCGGCCCGCGGCCCCACGACGGCCUCGUCCUCUACCACUGGACGCAGUCCUUCAGCUCCCAGAAGGUGCGGCUGGUGAUCGCCGAGAAGGGGCUGCCCUGCGAGGAGCGGGAUGUCAGCCUGCCCCUCAGCGAGCACAAGGAGCCCUGGUUCAUGCGGCUGAACCUGGGGGAAGAGGUCCCCGUCAUCAUCCACCGCGACAGCAUCAUCAGCGACUACAACCAGAUCAUCGACUACCUGGAGCGGACCUUCGCCGGGGGCCCCGUGGCCCAGCUGAUCCCGGCGGCGGGCAGCCCGCUCCACGCCCGGGUGCUGCAGUAUCGAGACCUGCUGGACUCCCUGCCCAUGGACGCUUACACCCACGGCUGCAUCCUGCACCCGGAGCUCACCACGGACUCCAUGAUCCCCAAGUACGCCACCGCCGAGAUCCGCAGGCACUUAGCUAAUGCCACCACAGACCUGAUGAAGCUGGAUCAUGAAGAGGAGCCCCCGUUGUCAGAGCCGUACCUCUCCAAACAGAAAAAACUCAUGGCCAAGAUUCUGGAGCACGACAACGUGAACUAUCUGAAGAAGAUCCUGGGCGAGUUGUCUAUGGUGCUGGACCAGAUCGAAGCCGAGCUGGAGAAGAGGAAGCUGGAGUAUCAGGGGCAGAAGUGCGAGCCGUGGCUGUGCGGGCGCCCGUUCACCCUGGCCGACGUCCUGCUGGGAGCCACCCUGCACCGUCUCAAGUUCCUGGGCCUGUCCAAAAAGUACUGGGAGGACGGCAGCCGGCCCAACCUCAAGGCCUUCUUCGACCGGGUCCAGAGGCGCCCCGCCUUCCGCAGGGCCCUGGGGGACAUUCACACCACCCUGCUCUCCGCCGUCAUCCCCAACGCCUUCCGGCUGGUCAAGCGCAAGCCGCCCUCCUUCUUCGGGGCCUCCUUCCUCAUGGGCUCCCUGGGCGGGAUGGGCUACUUCGCCUACUGGUACCUCAAGAAAAAGUACAUCUAGAGGCGGACGGCGGGGGCAGCCGCGGUGGGAGGCGGGCGCCUCGCCGGCCAACCACCCGGGGAACGACCGACCCCGACGGGAGUAAUUAUCGUCCGUGUGAAAACAUUCCGUAGUCUAGAAGUAGGAGCGCGGCGGCCCAGAGCCGGGCUGACGACGCCAUCGAUUAAACCCGUGACAAAAACGCCUUUUCCUUUGACUUUAGGUUUCCACGCUGAAUCGGGGCGGCCGGGCCGGGGCCGGUGUCCUCCGCCGGCGGGCCCGGGGCCGGAGCGGUUCCGCUGGCCUUCUCCCUGGCCCCCAGGGAACGCUUCCCAUCCGCCGAGCGGACUCGCUUUCUCGCCCCUUCGGGGGGGCUCGGAGACCCUGGCCGGGAGUCCCCCGAGGGGAGGUGGGACUUUCUCCUCCUGAGCUUAGCGACGCUCCUUGGGCGGUGGAGGAGGAAGAGCCCGGGCCUGGGGGCCUCUGGGAGGGAGGCCCCCCUCCGACGCGGCCCACCCCUGGCCCGCUCCCGGCCCCGCUUGGGGUCGACGUCGAGAACGCGUCCUCUCAUUUUUCUAUUGCUUUCAUUAAAGUUGAUAUUUUUUAUGGA